AUGCAAGUGAACAUCUACCCCAUCAUUUUGCAAAUACAAAGGAAAACCAAUAGUCGAGUAAUUUUAAUAGAAGAUUACCCGUGUAACUUAUUAAUUCACUAUCAAUCUUCAAAUAUAGCGGUUUUCUCCUCAAUAACUGUCCCUAACCGCCCGCACCUUGAUACUAACCAAAGGCCUCCAGACAAAGACGCGUCUACCACUCCAACGGCCUACCUCUCCCAGUCUCCUCUGCGAGUUCCGAUGGCAAUGGAUCCAACUCAGCCCUGGCAGUCUCCUCCGUCAAGUGUUUGUCAUGCUCAAAAUCGAGCAGCCGUAUAUUUCCCGUCUCAUCAUCGAUCAGAAAGUUAUACCGAUUGA